AUGGCACGAGGGGUACCCGUAAAACCCCGCGAACAAGACUACUCCAAUGUGGGAACCACAGGAAGACGCACAGGAAUUUCUUUGAAGGAGGGCCGGCGCGAUGAACAUGGAAUGGAAGAGGUGGAUGGCCUCUUCUCGUCUCCUGAAAAGUCGCCCACGAAAUUUGACGGCUUUGAAGAUGAGAACGACUCUUCAAUUGGCUCAGACGGCAUGUCUUUAGAAGAAGGCAAUGCGCCGGGUCCCAUGGACUUCCUCAAAGGCUCCAAUGGCUCGCGUUCUUCUUUCCUCCCGCCAUCCGCGACACGAUCGCCAAUGAAGACUGGGCUCGGUGGUUCCCCGCGGAGGACUCCUGCUCUACAAUCUACUCCAGACUCCGAAGAUCUCCAAUCGUCUAGUCCGUCAGAUGGCAAAGGGCAGAACGAGUCGCAUCUAGAUCCCUCUCCUCUUUCUGCGCGCUCCGUCAAUGUGGGCCGCUCGAAUCAACAGAAUGGCGCACGACAAAGACCGACCAAAGCACAGCUCACUGGAGAAUCCGAGCCUACAUUGCCAGACUUCUCUGAUGACGAGGGCGACGAGAAUGCGUUUGCGCAGGUGCAAAGUAACUUUGGCAACAGCUUAAUCGACGAAGAUCCACUGCCAACUGCGGAACUUUCCGAGGAUUCGGAGCCAGAUCAACACGAGCACGAGGACAGCCCACCCCCAGCAGAAUCCCCGCCACGUGCGAAGGCCGCUGUCAACCCCAAGUCGGCAAAGAAUAGCAAACCGGCCAAGCCGGCCAAAAGCGCUGAUACAGAACAACCUCAGCCGAAAUCGACUGGGCGACGUGGGCGCCCUCCCAAGUCCGCAGCAAAGAACACCGAAGAAGAUCCAAAUCCACGACCAGCCAAAAAGCAGAAGAGCUCUGCUACCGCACCUCCACCCGAGCGUGAGCCUUUAGAGCCGGAGUUGGAUAGAGUUGUGAAUGACUAUGCCAACCGCACAGGCCCGCUGAAAGGCCGAAGUCUUUACAUCCUCAAGCGCGAAAACCCCACUGACAGCAGCGCGACUCACACUCGAUCGGGCCGAGUUUCCGUGCGGCCACUGGCGUACUGGCGUAACGAACGCUGCGUGUUUGGUGAUGGGGAAGCUGCCGAAGGCCAUCGAUACCCAGUCUCCACCAUCAAGGAGAUCAUCCGUACAGAAGAGCAGGAAAACGACAAGAAAAAGAAAGGAAAGCGUUCGUCUCAAAAGUCCAAGUCCAAGUCCAAGAAGCGAAAAGACGAAUCAUCCGACGAAGAAGAUGACGAAGUCGAUCUGUGGGAAAAAGAGGGUGGUGUGCUUCACGGCUACACCCUCAAGUGGGAUAGUAGGACGCAGGCUAGCUCGAAGGAAGAAGAGGUCUUAGAUAUUGCAUAUGCCCCCUCUGGCAUCGAGACCAGAGAGGUCAAAGGCUCGACCUUCAGAUUUGCAAAGCUUCUCAGCUCUUCGUUCAUCGGGUCUGGGGUGGUUGAACUCCCUGCAGACGGUGUGAAGAAACCCAAAAACUCGAAGAAAAUGCACAUGGUGUUCUAUGUCUGCCACGGACGUGUUCAGGUCGACAUCUCCGGCGUUCAAUUCAGUGCUGGCAAGGGAUGUGUCUUCCAAAUCCCACGAGGCAAUUACUAUAGCUUUGCGAACCCCCAUCGCAAAGAGGCACGACUGUUCUUCACCCAAGGCUGUGUUCCUGACGAGACAGAAGGUGAAGAAGGGACUGACACUCAAGGCGAACUUGAUGACAACGAAACGUCGGCGGUGUCCCGCGGGGGUAGCCCCGAGACUGACGUCGAGGCCGAACCUGCUCCUGCUCCUGCACCCGCUCCGGUGAAGAAAGCCAAGGGCCGUCCAAAGGGCAAGCAGAAGAAGGCUGGAAAAUAG